GGCGUCCUGGCUGGCCCUGGCCCCCUCCCUUGACACCCAGAGCCACCAUGGCAGAGCUGCCUGCGUCGGAGACCCCCGGGGACCCGGCUCUGUGCAGUGGGCGCUUCACCAUCAGCACGUUGCUGGUGGGCGACGAGCCCCCGCCCUCGGCCGCCUACGACGGCAGCCACGCCAGCCACGUGACCCUGGGCAGCAGCCUCUACAUGCGCACCUUUGGCUACAACACCAUCGACGUGGUGCCCGCCUACGAGCACUAUGCCAACAGCACCCUGCCCGGGGAGCCCCGAAAACUCCGGCCCACCUUGGCCGACCUGCACUCCUUCCUCAAGGAAGGCAGCCCCCUGCACGUGCUGGCCCUCGACAGCCGGCCCAGCCACGAGAUGACUGACGGGCUGGUGGAGGACGAGGCGGGCGCAGGCGGCGAGAAGCCUGGGGAGCCGGUGCGCUUCGGCUGGGUCAAGGGGGUGAUGAUCCGGUGCAUGCUCAACAUCUGGGGCGUGAUCCUCUACCUGCGGCUGCCCUGGAUCACGGCCCAGGCGGGCAUUGUGCUGACCUGGGUCAUCAUCCUGCUCUCGGUCCUGGUGACGUCCAUCACCGGCCUGUCCAUCUCGGCCAUCUCCACCAAUGGCAAGGUCAAGUCAGGUGGCACCUACUUCCUCAUCUCCCGGAGUCUGGGCCCCGAGCUGGGGGGCUCCAUUGGCCUCAUUUUCUCCUUUGCCAAUGCUGUGGGCGUGGCCAUGCACACAGUGGGCUUUGCAGAGACUGUGCGGGACCUGCUCCAGGAGUACGGCACACCCAUCGUGGACCCCAUUAACGACAUCCGCAUCAUCGGCGUGGUCACCGUCACCGUGCUGCUGGCCAUCUCCCUGGCCGGCAUGGAGUGGGAAUCCAAGGCCCAGGUGCUCUUCUUCCUGGUCAUCAUGGUCUCCUUCACCAACUACUUGGUGGGGACGCUGAUCCCCCCCUCGGAGGACAAGGCCUCCAAAGGCUUCUUCAGCUACCGGGGGGACAUUUUUGUCCAGAACUUGGUUCCCGAUUGGCGGGGCGUCGAUGGCAGCUUCUUCGGAAUGUUCUCCAUCUUCUUCCCCUCGGCCACGGGCAUCCUGGCCGGGGCCAACAUCUCUGGGGACCUCAAGGACCCUGCUGUGGCCAUCCCCAAGGGGACACUCAUGGCCAUCUUCUGGACCACAGUCUCCUACCUGGCCAUCUCGGCCACCAUCGGCGCCUGUGUGGUACGCGAUGCAUCUGGGAACCUGAACGACACGGUGACCCCUGGCUUGGGUGCCUGCGAGGGCCUGGCUUGCGGCUACGGCUGGAACUUCACUGAGUGCGCCCAGCGCCACAGCUGCCGCUACGGCCUCAUCAACUACUACCAGACCAUGAGCAUGGUGUCCGGCUUCGCACCCCUGAUCACGGCUGGCAUCUUCGGGGCCACCCUCUCCUCUGCCCUGGCCUGCCUCGUCUCCGCAGCCAAAGUCUUCCAGUGCCUGUGCGAGGACCAGCUGUACCCGCUGAUCGGCUUCUUCGGCAAGGGCUACGGCAAGAACAACGAGCCCGUGCGCGGCUACCUGCUGGCCUACGCCAUCGCCGUGGCCUUCAUCAUCAUCGCCGAGCUCAAUACCAUCGCCCCCAUCAUCUCCAACUUCUUCCUGUGCUCCUAUGCCCUCAUCAACUUCAGCUGCUUCCACGCCUCCAUCACCAACUCCCCCGGGUGGAGACCCUCCUUCCGAUACUACAGCAAGUGGUCGGCACUCUUUGGGGCAGUGGUCUCUGUCGUCAUCAUGUUCCUCCUCACCUGGUGGGCGGCCCUCAUCGCCAUCGGCGUCAUCCUCUUUCUCCUGCUCUACGUGAUCUACAAGAAGCCAGAGGUUAACUGGGGCUCCUCAGUGCAGGCUGGCUCCUACAACCUGGCCCUGAGCUACGCCGUGGGCCUCAAUGAGGUGGAGGACCACAUCAAGAACUACCGCCCCCAGUGCCUGGUGCUCACAGGGCCCCCGAACUUCCGCCCGGCCCUGGUGGACUUCGUGGGCACCUUCACCCAGAACCUUAGCCUCAUGAUCUGUGGCCACGUGCUCAUCGGCCCACGCAAGCAGAGGAUGCCAGAGCUGCGGCUCAUCGCCAGUGGUCACACCAAGUGGUUGAACAAGAGGAAGAUCAAGGCCUUCUACUCGGACGUCGCCGCCGAGGACCUGCGCAGCGGCGUGCAGAGCCUCAUGCAGGCCUCAGGGCUCGGGAGAAUGAAGCCCAACAUCCUGGUGGUCGGAUUCAAGAAGAACUGGCAGGCGGCUCACCCGGCCACGGUGGAAGACUACAUCGGCAUCCUGCACGAUGCCUUUGACCUCAGCUACGGCGUGUGUGUCCUGCGGAUGCGGGAGGGGCUCAACGUCUCGGAGGUGAUGCAGGCGCACAUUAACCCCACAUUCGACCCAGCGGAGGACGGCAAGGCAGCCAGCACCGGUGGGGCCAGGCCAGCCGUCUCUGGCACAGCGGAGCCUGAGACGCUGGCGCGGGAGGAGCAGGCUAGCACUGUCUUCCAGCUGGAGCAGGGCAAGAAGACCAUCGACAUCUACUGGCUCUUCGACGACGGAGGCCUCACCCUCCUCAUCCCCUACCUUCUCGGCCGCAAGAAGAGGUGGAGCAGGUGCAAGAUCCGCGUGUUUGUUGGGGGCCAGAUCAACAGGAUGGACCAGGAGAGAAAGGCGAUGGUUUCUCUGCUGAGCAAAUUUCGACUGGGAUUCCACGAAGUUCAUGUGCUUCCUGACAUCAACCAGAAGCCCCGGGCUGAGCACACCAAGAGGUUUGAGGACAUGAUCGCGCCUUUCCGCCUCAAUGACGGCUUCAAGGACGAGGCCACCGUGGCCGAGAUGAGGCGGGACUGCCCCUGGAAGAUCUCAGAUGAGGAGAUCAACAAGAACAGAAUCAAGUCCCUUCGGCAGGUGAGGCUGAAUGAGAUUCUGCUGGAUUACUCCCGGGAUGCCGCUCUGGUCGUCAUGUUUGCCACCUGUUCCUGCCUAACUCUGCUUGGCAAAGGGGGUGGUUCCAGCUCAUUCCAGAAGGAAAUUGAUUCCAGAUUGUUUGGGGAACGCCCCGCCCUCUGAGGCCAUCGGCCAUCUCCUCCUGAAAUACACCCUGCCCAUAGGCAGGAAGGGGAAGUGCCCGAGCACCCUGUACAUGGCCUGGCUGGAGACCCUGUCCCAGGACCUCAGACCCCC